AUGGAUAUCACCAAGCUUCUGCUGGACGCUCAGCACCACGACGACGGCAUAAGGUCGGUGGCAGAGGCCGAACUCAAGCGGCUCGAGGAGCACGACCUACCUGGCUUCCUCCUGCGCCUGUCGUCGGAGCUCUCCAGCGACCAGAGCCCACCCGAGUCCAGGAGGCUCGUCGGCACCAUCCUCAAGGACUCGCUGGGUUCCUCUGAUGGCAACGUACACCCGAUCAAUGAUCCACUCGUCCACCGGUGGUUGAGCCUUGAUCCAUCCAUCCGAUCCACCAUCAAGGAGUCGUCGCUCAUGACGGCGCUAGCAUCUCCGGUCGCCGACGCCAGGCGCACCUCGUCGCAGGUCAUCACAAAGCUCGAGUUCAUCGGGGACUGGCCGGACCUCCUUGGCCGGUUGCUGGGCAACGCGGCACAAAGGCAGGGCGUGCCGCCUCUAAAGCAGCAGGCCGCCCUGGAGGCGCUGGAGCAUGUCUUCAAGGAUAGGCACAAGUACCUGCAGCCGGAUCAGGUUGACGACGUUCUCAAUUUCCUCAUCGUGGAGGCGAGCCGCGUGGAGGACGACAUAAGCCGCGAUGUCCGCCUCGCGGCAAUUCGAGCUCUACGUAACGUUCUAUGGUAUGAAGUUUGGAGAAUAUGUAAAGACGAUGAUGAGGGAACCCGUAUAAUGGCCACGGUCCUCAAUGCUGCUAAAUCCGAAGAAACGGAGUUCAGGCAGGCGACGUUCGAGUGCCUUGCUGCGAUUGCAUCCAGAGAUCACACCAAGUUAGAGCCCUACAUGGAAACCAUACUUGGACUUACAACCCAAGCUUUCAAAGGAGGUGUGGAAUCUGUUGCGCUUGCUUCUAUUGAGUUCUGGAGCGCUGCUUGUGAAAGAGAGAUUAGGCUACAAUACUACAUGCGCGAUGAUGAUGAUGACAACGACGAUGAUGUCGUCGCUCUAGAUUGUGGCUUUCUUGGCAAGCCCCUCUCUGCACUUGCCCCACUUCUUCUAGAAACUCUGUUAAAGCAAGACGAAGAUGAUAGCUUAAAAGACCUAUCCACAUGCUUUAUAUAUAAAGCGGGGCGAAAGCCUUUCUCGGUAAAAGACCUAUCCACAAGUGCUAUGGAAUGCCUAGGCCUUGCCGCUAAAAGUAUCGGGGAUGCAAUUGUCCCUCCCGUGAUGCGGUUUUUUGGGGCUAACAUCAUAGCGUCAGAUUGGCAAAGUCGCAAGGCAGCCACGUUUGCAUUAGGUUUUAUCCUAGAAGGUCCCUCUCUUGAGAAACUCGCUCCCGUGAUCGAUCUGCUGCUUGACAUGAUGAAAGAUCCAAACAUGCAGGUAAGAGAAACCGCCGCAAGAACACUCCAGCGGGUGUUUGAGCUUCGGCAUUCUCAAGCUAGUUCAAAUAGAAUCGUAACAAAUGCAAACCUUCCUCGGAUCAUGGAUGUGCUGAUAGAGAGUACUAAAGAUGUUUCAGAAGUGUCUGACAAAGUCUGUGGAGCUAUAUAUUAUCUUGCGCUAGGUUACGACGAAGAUGCGCAAUCAAAGUCAAAGUCGAACUCAUCAGAGCUUUCACCUUUUGUUGAGCCUGUUAUUGACGCUCUGCUUUCUGCUUCGGAACCUACCCCUUUGGGGCUUCCAGCAUGUGCAUCUGCUUAUGAAGCAUUGAGUGAGAUUGUAAGAGUCGGUAGCACAAGAGAAUUUGAAGCUUCCCUAGCUAUUAGAGUCGUAAUGCCUAGAAUCCUUAGAAGAUUGAAUGUCGUGGUCAAUCAUGACGGUGUAGUAAUUUCAUCAGGUGACAGCAAGAUGAAUCGUGGCCUUCUUGAGUUUUUGCUGUGUGGUCUAGUUCAGCUAAUAAUCGAGAAGAUGGGCAGCUGGGACAUAAUCGAACGAUCUGCACUUAGGGACUCUGCUCAAUAUGUAUUGCUGCUAUUGUGCCGUGUCUUAACCAGCAGCGACUGUCCUGGUGCACGUCAUAAAGCAGCCCUUGCCAUUGGUGCUCUUGCUCAUGCCAUCGGUCCGGAUUUUGGGGAACACAUGCCUAUGCUCUUGCAGCAUUUUACUGCGAAGCGGCUCUCUCCAACUUAUUUACAUGUGAUGUGUGAUAUCUGCCAUGUCUUGGGAGAUAAAGUGGCGGUGCCAUGGUCUGAUCAAAUCAUGGACGUUCUUUACAAAGGCAUGUCAGAUGAUGUGGCUCUUAUACCUUCAAUUGUGGCAUGCUUUGGAGAGAUCGCCCUUGCCAUCGGCAGGAAUUUUGAGAGGUACCUAGAGACUGUUAUGAACAUGCUUAAAGAAGCCGCCAACAACGGAAAAUAUCGUGCUCAUGUUUCAGAAGUGGGUAAGGUUGAGUAUGGUGACCCGCUUAUAGAGGGAUUGUUUAAGGCCUACUCUAGCAUAUUGCGGGGUAUAAAGGAUCCAAUAUCUGGGUUUAAGGUAAUAGCGGCUCUAAUGGAGUUCAGUGAAGCUGUGUGCAAGGAGCAGAGGAGGAGGAAUACAAGUGUGGUGCAAGCUGGGGUUGGUGCCUUGUCUGAUCUUCAGUCCAUUGUUGGGUCAUGGAUCGAGGACAUGAUUCAAUCUCAGUCAGCAGCCAUGGAGGUUGACGCCACAAAUUAA